AUGUUCUCAAAGUCUACAACAAGUACGAACACUAACUUCUCAUUGUGCCAUUCAACAUCAACUCUACAACCUAGUAACCUCUUCAAGGUCCUAAUAUUAUCCAUGAUUCUCCCUCUAUCAACCGCCUUCGUCCACGACUACCCCACCGAAUAUUAUCAUCAGGUCGCGGCCGAUCCCUCUGAUCCCUGCCAUUUUCCUGUACCUGACUUACAAGAUCUUCCAGCCAUGUGUAGGUAUGAGUACCAUCAAGUGCCAUUCAUCUGUGACCCAACAGCCAUGUUGUCGAGGACAGAAGCCCAACUUCUAGAAAAGAUGUUCGAUGAUGUUGCUGUGAGUGGAUGUUUGAAUUGUCAGCGAUCACCGAGAGGUUGUAUAUCAGAUACCACAACGGAUUUGAGGGUUUCUGUCAUCAUCGUGCCUAUGUCAAAUGUUCAGAAGUAAGAUUUUUUUAAUUUCGAAGUUGUCUAUUAAGCGCCAUUCUUUUUGCAUCAUCCUAACAAUGACAUUUAGAAUAGAACUAUGUGUCCUGGGUAGGUCACUAAACACCCAUAUUGGUAAACCAGAAGCCUUAAAUGCAUAUGUCGACUUUGUUUAUCGCCGAUGGUCGGAAAGUUCGUGCACAGCAGAUCUAACCAUAUUAUACCUCAAAACACUCGAAACGCCGCUGAGAAACGGUGGAAUCACAGUAUCCGGCCCUAUGGUUGUCAGACUUUUCAGGUGAGUUGAAUAAACUUUGUUUACAAAGGUUUUUUACUAAAAAAAACUUUGUUUGAAUUUAAAUUUUUUUAAUUCAUAAAUUUCAAAUUUCAAAAAAUUGAAAUUAUAGACAAAAUCAAAGUUGUUUCAGAAACCGGCUGGCAGAACUAUCACAUCUGCAGAAUGUGCGUCAUGUCACUACAGAUCAUACCUUACUAGAGGUAUUGAGCUCGGAAUUGAACCAAUCCUUUGCUUUGGCCAAAGCUCAAGAGAGGUUCCAAGCGUAUGGUAACAAGAGGUCCAAAAGCUUCGGAGGAGUACCGUUAUGGGCGUAUGGUAUAUGUGGUGGACUAUUGGCAUUAGUGGUGGUUACUUUGUACUUUGGUAAUUGUAUUACCAAACGACUCAACUUGAAAGCUCAGGUUAGUGGGGGUAGUGGUACUUAUUGUAUAGUAGUAGUACUGGUUACCUAAUCAUAAUACUCAAGAAGCAGCGCUAGUACUCUUGAUAUGUGACCUUUUAGAACCAUAGAUUAUGUCUUUUGAUAGACAUGGAUAAAUAUACCCUAAUUUCAGCAAAAGAAGUCGAUGAACAACAGAAACCAGAACCAAACGAAUGCCCAACAAGCGACGAAUGAUCGCUGGAGAGCCGGCUUCGGGGGUGGAUUAAUCUCUCAAGGCGGGGCAAGUGUACAGAACAAUAACCCAUCAGCCAUGUCUAACAUGGGAGUGAACAACACUAAAUCAUCGAUGAUGUUCCGCCAAUUCUCUAACGCCAACGCUAAGAAACAACGUGCUAAAGCAGCUGCACUGGUGCAAAAAAUUUAG